CCCAUGCAAACUUACGCGAAAGAUUAGUCUCAACCGAAAAACCACACACACCUUCUAAUUUGUGGUUUUAAAACCCUAAUUCAUACAUUUGACGGCUCUUCCUCUCACUCAUUCCCCGAAAACCCUUCAGACUUCUCACUCUCAGGUAAUGGCUCCCAAACCACCAAGCUCGGGUCUUUUUGUUGGCCUCAACAAAGGUCACAUUGUCACCAAGAAGGAGUUGGCUCCAAGGCCAUCUGACAGGAAAGGGAAAACAAGUAAGAGGGUUCUUUUCGUGAGGAGUCUCAUCAGAGAGGUUGCUGGUUUUGCUCCCUAUGAGAAGAGAAUCACUGAGUUGUUGAAGGUUGGUAAGGACAAGCGUGCAUUGAAGGUGGCCAAGCGAAAGCUCGGAACACACAAGAGGGCAAAGAAGAAGAGAGAGGAGAUGUCAAAUGUUCUCAGGAAGAUGAGAUCUGCUGGUGGUGCCGAGAAGAAGAAGUGAUCUGUUGUGCAAGAGUUUAAUUUUGUCUAAACAUUUUAGUUUGUGGUAGUGAGACUUUUUUUAGCUUCACAAAAGUUGAGAAGUUGAAUUAAAAUUUUGAUGACUUAUGGUUUAUGAAUGUCCUACUAGUUCACCAUUAAUGAGUGAGAAAUGGUAGCUCUGCUGGAUAAUUCUUCUUA